UAUUUCAAGAAGCAAGGCUAUUCCUCUAAACAGAUUUCCCUAGCAUAUCACAAAGGGAUCUUUCCUCAUGAGUAUAUUACUUCUCAUGACCGAUUUAAGGAAACAGAACUACCUCUAAUUCAAGAAUUUCAUAGUAUCCUUGAAGACAUGCUUAGUCUAGCAGAUGUCUGGACAACAUUUAGAAAGAUAUCUAUACGUCAUUAUAGCCUUGAUCCCAGCCAUUAUGUAUCCGCAUCUUCUCUAUCCUGGGAUGUUAUGCUUAAGAUGACCAAGGUCAAAAUUGAGCUAUUUACAGAAAUGGCAAUGCAUGACUUCAUUGAAAAGGCAAAGCGUGGUGGUAUUGUUAUAGCA